GCCAGAUUGGGCCCAUCGAUGUUGUUGAGUGUUAACUUGCAACUACGGGCACGCUCUUCUAGUUUUUGCGAAUUGUUUUUUUGCCAUCUGUAAACUGAUCUUUAUAGCAGGGAAUUGUUGGCCGAUAAUCCAUCUUACACCAGGUUUAUCGCGUUUUGAUGGUCUGGACGCACUAAUUUGUUAACGCUUCGGCGUCUGCAUAUAUCUUUAUAAUAAAUUCUGUAUGUGCUCAUAGAAAAAUUUUACGAGCACACUUUUGGAGUUAUUUUGCGAAAUAGAUACCUACAUCACAUCGCAUGCCCAAUUGCGAGUAUCCAUAUUAGUACUAGUAGUUUCGUACAAGUAUUGUAUGUAUCUAAUUGGGUGUACUGUACUUUAUUAUUUCAAUAACGCGAUAACAAUAUCAAGUAUCUAAUUGCAUGUCUAUUGGUUAAGUUGACAACUGGUACUUGAUCGCUACGUGUUUCCCGAUGCAGAAGCGACUGAGUUCUCCAGCGCUGCAACGACUGAGGCUUUCGUCCCUUCGAAGUCUUUCCCGUCGGCCCAGGGCGUUAAAGUUACUGUUAAUUACGCAUGCUUGUACAGAAAAUGUUCGAUUACUGCAGGGCAGGCAGACUGACAUAUUGUAUACAGCGCAACGUUACAUGGAUGCGGAUGGCAGGAUUUCGACGGCUUUUGGUUGGCGCAGAGACCAUCAAUUACCAGAACACCGUAGCGGUGCGGGUGGAUCCGGCGACAGAUGAGUGCUGGCUGGGCUACAUUCAGGACCUGCGCGGUGACCACGUGCUGGUAGAUUUCGACUGCGCCGCCGCACCGGCGCGCUACAUCCAUGCUUCAAGAGUGUGGCCGCAAGCCAUCGCGUCGCACAGUCCGGUUAACCCGUCGGCAUCGGCAUCCGGCCACGAGACAUACCCAAAGUGUUGCGGCAUGUCAGUGGUGGCGGCCCUCCGCGACGCUCCCGACGGCCCCUUCCGCUUCCGUCCGGCCACGGUGCUGCGUUUCAUCUCCAAAUGCCGAAUGUACUUCGUCAGCACGAAAGAAGCUGCUAACGCGUCGGGAGGUGGAGAGCGUAAUGUGAUUGCCGUUGUGGAUCGGUGUCAGUUGAUGGGCCGGCUGCCCUUCAACGAAGCACCGCUGCUGACCAGGACCAGCGGCAUCCUCUACACACAGCACGAAUUCGUCAAGCGUACGGCCGCGAUCACGACGCAGUCGCUCUUCGACACAAGAACGGACGCGCGUCAGUUUGUUGACGCUCUUCGUCAAGUCUACAGGGCGUACCCGUUGGCCAUGGGCGACAGGGAAGACAGCUGCCGUUUUCACAUGCGCAUCGGUUCGGAUGACUGUACGCUUGUUGUCGUUGACAGCCAGAACGACCUCGCAGCAAUGGACUGGACGACCGGAUUACUACUGCAGCUACUGGAGACGCAUGCCACGUUGCGUGCCAGUCGGGCGACAGUAACUGUUCCUGAUCAUACGAAGCAGACAUCUCGCUGCAUCGAGGGAUUUAGCCGAUGUGUGGGAAGUAAUGGCAAGAGAGUGGCGAAGUGGGAUGCCGGAACUGGGAGCUACACUUGUGCGGUCGCUUGUUCAUUUACAGAUAUGUGCCAUUUGCCACUGAUACUCUUGACGGAGAUCCUGGAAGUUCUGGACCUGCACACACAGGCCCAAGCCAGACGAGUGUGUGCGUUGUGGCAAGAGAUUCUGCAGCAGCCCCGCGCGGCGCACCACAUCAGCAUCUUAACGGAAAACUUCCCCCAAACGCAGGACGGUGACCCUCACUAUAGCUGUUGCCGCAUCGCGAUGGUGUUGAGCAGGAGCAUCACUGCGGCCACGAAGAGCCUCACCAUCACAGCACGCGCCCACGACUGGGAGGCGGAGGAGUUCAACUGGCACGUCGAAAGUUUUGUGCGGGAACUAUUGGAGAAUAUGCGCAUCAUGCUGCCCUUCCUCAUCAUCAAGUCCUUCUGCCUGCGAAAUUGGGACUAUCCCUACGUCCAGGGAUGGUUUCAUCCACACUGCGAACGAUUGAUCGUUGAUAAAGGGGAAGUACGCGAUUUUAAUUAUGACAUGUGUGCGGACGCCAACCUAGACCUAGACGACUUACCGGAUGUCGAAAGACGCUUCUUCGAUUGGCACUUUUCUGCGGAGUUGGUUUUGAAGGGGACGAUUAUGUCCUUCCCCCGAGUAGUAUGUCGGUGGGGGGACGGCUAUGCGGAAGUCAAAAGACUGAUCACCUGGGCCUUGGACCGGCCGCUACCCCCAGUCAGCGCCGAGGGGUACUCCCACGUAGCCGCCGUGCACGCUCGCUGGUGCAGCACUCUGGCUUACCCGCAGGAAUGGAAGCCCAUCCGCUACUUCCUCAACAAGUUCAGUGGAUUCCAUCCGGAUGGCAGUCCGCACGCGUGGGACCAUGUCGACCUAAGAAAUCUUGAUCUCAGCCAGCUCAGCAAGCUGGCCCUAUGGGGCAUCUAUGGGAUGUUCAAAGUGUGAUUAUUUAAGUAAUUAUUCGCCUGCGCACGACCGAAAACCAAGAAACGCCUCUUAAGAUAAUAACGAAUGAAUAUUGCUAUUGACUCACGACUAGUUAACUAAUUUUAACUAGUCGCGAGCCUGUAGCAUAGGGGGCCCGCCAUUUCGUUGAUGGAAAUUCGUCGACCGCCACUUCGUCCAACAGACACGAUGCUGAAUCGUCACGAUGUUGAGCUGGUACUUAGCUAAACCGUCUUGUUUUCUGGCCCACGCUCAAGCUCUGACUCAGACUCUGACCACUCAAAUUUUUUUCCUAGUUUUUGGUUUCCUUAUGCUUUCUUAUGGUUUUAUAUGUUUGCCUUUUUAGUACUUUUUGUCUUAUGUUUUACAUAUCACUCGUUCCAAACUGCAAUGGUCAUUGUGAUUAGUUUCUCCUCAAGAAAUUAAGUACUGAAAUAUAAGAAUUGGACAUAUUAAG